AUGAUGUCUAGUUUCAAUACAGCUAUCGCAUCCAUUCGGAAGACGGACCUGCCUUUCCAUUAUCAGUUGGUAAUCACGAGAGCGUAUCAGGAAGGAGAGAUAGAGUUGAUGGAUGAGGACGAGCUUGAUGAGAAUGAUGCCGAAGAGCGUACAUUUCUCUUAGACGAGGUGUUGAAACCUAGAAACGGGUCUUUCGAGGGAAAUAAUACUAUUGAAUGGCGAGAUCUAGAAGAAGACGACACAACUGGGGGCUCAUCCGAGGAG